CCCUCCCUUAUAUAUACCCCAGCCCCCUCCUCUCUUUCCUCCCGGAAUCAGAAAGCCGAGGCCUCGAUCGAUGUGUUUUGUGUUCGUCUGCGACGAGGAGGAGAGGGUUCUGGGGACCCACCAGGCUCCGGGCACCUGCCCGUACUGCGGCGGAGUAGUUAUGGCCACCGACGUCGAGAGCGCGUGGAGGCUCUGCUUUCUCCCGCUCCGUUUCAAGACGAAGAGGAAGUAUUACUGCUCUACUUGUUCGAGGCGUUUAGUUACUUAUCCCUAAAUUUGGAUUGGUGUGGAUUAAUCAAUUGGUUGAUUUUGGUGUGGGUGUAUUUUGAUUUUUGGUGGGUCUCGAUCGUUGUAAAGGAAGGAAGGAGGAAAAAAAAAAAUUGAAUUCGGGGUCAGGUGCGUAGAGAUAAUUCCGGGGUUAGUUUUGGUGAUUUUUGAGUUUCUUGGUUUUGGGGUGUUUUGGUGGGAGCUCGUAAUUUGAGGAGUUGGAUAAAUUAUGUAUCGAACUUUUAGUGGUCUCUUGAUCUUGUAUAUAUCUGAGUUUAUUAGAGUUUAAUUUCUUUUUUUUCUUC